AGCGAUAGGAGAAGUUAUUAAUUUCAAAGGAGAAUCAUAUAAAUUUGGUGGAUUCGAAUCUAAUCCAAAUAGAUUUACCGUAGUUAUGAUUAUUUUAAACACAAUAAAUUUUAGUUGGAGAAACGGAAGUAUUCUAAAUGCGCCUUCAGCAAGAUGUUGUUAUGGUUCUGCUCUUCUGCCAAAUCAAGUUAUUACUUAUUUUGGUGGUUAUGAUGGAACAAUUUUAGGCCUAAAUGAAGCUUAUUUAUAUGACACAAAUAAUGAUAGUUGGAAUACAAGACCCAUUUCAGGUCAAAUACCUUCAAAUAGAAGUUCUUUUGCAAAUGUUCUCGGAUUAGAUAACAAACGAAUAAUAGUCUUUGGAGGCGUAUCUGACAUAGGAUACACUGCUGCAGACGCGCUUUAUGUAUUAGAUGUAGUAAACUUUCAAUGGUAUAGACCGAAUGUUUCAGGCACAAUUCCAUCUUAUCGAGGUUGGCACAUGGCAAAUUUAAUUGGAAAAUAUAUGGUUAUAUCUUUUGGUUUAGGGUAUAGUCAAACUAACGAAAGUGACAUCCUAUUACUCGAUAUUAGCAAUAAUAAUGAAUAUGUGUGGACAUAUGAUUUUGUUUCUACAACUUCAACAAUUCCUACAACUUCAACAAAUCCUGCAACUCCUACAAUAUCAAUUACAAUACCACAACCAAAAACUGAUAGUAUUUCAAUUGUGAUCAAAAUUAUCAUAGGAAUUUCA